AUGGAGAUUACCACCGCGAUGGGAUGCUCUGUUGGUUUUGCCUUCGGAGGACUAGUAUUUGUAGCGUAUAAACUUGGUUUACUGUAUCAGUUGUUUCAUAAGGUAAGUCACUUCCGUGUAAACAAUGUUUCAUUCUAACUUUGUGUCAGCCUGCUCACUUGCUGUCUCAACUCUUAAACUCACCUGCAACCUGGCAUUCUCAUAAGCAAAACACCUUGUUCAUGCCUUACUACAGUAUCUGUCUUCUUUUUAUUUACUCCUCCACCUAGCCUAAGUGAACCUGCAUAAUACUCAGAUACUCAUCUAGUAGGUGAAAGGUAACCCUGCUGCAUGUGAGAGAACCACCUUGUGGCUAUCUAACACUAAGGCCAUGAUAACACAUUGCAGGUUCUUCAGAAGUCAUACAAUAGGCUACAUAAGGAGCAUUAGGCCUUCAAAUACAAUAUGCAGUUCAUUGCUAAAUACAAGAUAGUGAUCUAUAGAUAAACAAUAGGCCUUUUCUAGUUUACGACAUCCCUUUUCAGUUAAUUAAACCAAAUUAUACAUUGUCCAUGACCCUGAUUUGAGAUCUGCCUGUUCAGUCCUUUCCCUGAGUUCUCUACCUUUUCCCCCAGACUGAGACCCAGAGCCCUCGCCAUGGUGGAGAGAGUGUGGCAGAGGUUCUGCGUGCCCAUGGGGUUAAGUUUGUCUUCACCCUGGUGGGGGGGCACAUCUCGCCCAUCUUGGUGGCCUGCGAGAAGCUGGGCAUCCGCAUUGUGGACACCAGGCAUGAGGCUACUGCCGUCUUUGCAGCUGACGCUGUAGCCAGGCUCUCAGGUAAAGUAGUACCAUACAUUACCUACUAUAAUAUCCCAAAUACCUUACCUACAGUGUCGAGCUGAACCGUCCGGGACUGGUUUAACUUACUUAGUGCACUGUAUUCUACUCGUGUUCAUACUGUAGCAUUGACACUGUCAGUGAUUCUCCCUCCAACAGGCACUGUAGGUGUAGCUGCAGUGACUGCUGGCCCAGGCCUGACUAACACAGUCACAGCAGUGAAGAACGCUCAGAUGGCCGAGUCUCCACUGCUUCUCAUAGGGGGAGCUGCUGGAACACUACUUCAGGUGAGAGUCUAAGGGCUUUUACUGGUGUAGCUGCAUGGGGGUACCCUAGUCCUAACAUUAACAUUAACACUGGUCCUCUGUAGCUCAGCUGGUAGAGCACGGCGCUUGUAACGCCAAGGUAGUGGGUUCGAUCCCCGGGACCACCCAUACACAAAAAAAAAUGUAUGCACGCAUGACUGUAAGUCGCUUUGGAUAAAAGCGUCUGCUAAAUGGCAUAUUAUAUUAUAUUAUAUUAUAUUAUAACACUAAGGCUAAGGUCACGAUGCGCCAGCAAGUCAACAAAAUCAACAAAAUACCAUAAGCUUGCACUGUAGAGUUGUGUGACUGUGGGUGAUUAUAAUAAUAUGCCAUUUAGCAGACGCUUUUAUCCAAAGCGACAUACAAUAACAUCUAAUUCCCCCUAUCCAUUGUGGAGGUUUGACCUCUUGGUGAACUUUUGUUGUGCAGGGUAGAGGAGCACUGCAGGACAUUGACCAGAUGUCCCUGUUCAAGCCGCUGUGUAAGUUCUGCGCCUCGGUGAGGAGUGUGAGGGAGAUUGUCCCCACGGUGAGGAAGGCCCUGGCCAUCGCCCAGUCUGGAACUCCAGGCCCUGUGUUCAUAGAGUUCCCCAUUGACACACUCUACCCCUUCCACCUGGUGUCCAAAGAGUUCGGAGUGAAAAACCCUCCCAAGGGAAUAAUGGGGAAAGUUGUCACUUGGUAAGUAAUCAGCAGGAUUGUGCAUGACCAUACUUUCACACAUCCCUUGUGAUUUGUGAAAGUAACAGAUGCUGUAUAUUUCCUUCCAUAAGGUACCUCCACAAUCACCUAAAGAACUUGUUUGCUGGGGCCUGGGAAACAAGAGACUUGUCACCUCUCCCUGUGCACAUCCCUCAUGCCACAGACGAUCAGGCAAGACUAACUAACCCUUAGUCAUUCUCUAACAACAGUGAGAAAGGCUUCAUUUGGUAGAAGCCGUUAGUUCGUACUGUAACCAGUUACAGAUUUCCAAUAGACAUGAAGGCAUGUUUUUUAUGUGACCCUUGUGGCUCAACCUCUAGUGAUCUGUCAUCAGGUACAAAAGUGUAUAGAGCUGGUGAGCAGAGCCAAGAAGCCUGUUAUCCUACUGGGGAGCCAGGCAACACUACCUCCAACACCUGCAGAUGACAUCAGGUAUUUCAACAACCACAUUUAUAUUACACAAGACAUCAUCAGACUUCUGGUCCAUUCAAUGCCAUUUCAUAUAGUUGUCCUGUUACAGGGCGGCCCUGGAGUCCCUGGGUAUCCCCUGCUUCCUGGGUGGAAUGUCCCGUGGCAUGCUGGGUAGGGACAGUCCCUUGCACAUCAGGCAGAACAGGAGGGACGCCCUAAAGUACGCAGACCUUGUGCUGCUAGCAGGUGAGACACUAACAGCCAACUGUAAGUAUUGUCUCCAUACAGUUGUUGUAUCUUUGAGGCUUCUCUCACAGUGGUGGUAUGUGUUGCAGGAACUGUAUGUGACUUCCGAUUAAGCUACGGCAGAGUUCUGAACAGGCACAGCAAGAUCAUUGCUGUCAACAGAGACAAGACUCAACUUCUGAAGAACUCUGACAUGUUCUGGAAGCCCACUGUGGCCAUUCAGGGUUGGUACAGCUGUCUGAAUUGUCCAAUCAGAAGUCUUAUUUACUUUCACAAAACGCUGCCACUACCUGUUUGAGCUAUUUGAUCUUUUGGAGUCUCACAUUUCUGUUUGUCUUUUAGGAGAUGCAGGCUCCUUCCUACUCCGUCUCUCCAAAGGCCUCAUGGGCCACAAAUGUCCCGAGGAUUGGCCACAGAGUCUCAAAGCAGGAGACGUCACCAAAGAGAAGGCUAAUCGGUACACUUGUGGAAUUCAUUCAGCCAGUUGGGCAGAAAGCCAACAGUUUUUUUUUUUUUGUAUACUUAACCAAUGACCUCCAUGCAAAUGACUACAGUCAGUACAUCUAGUGCACCAAACACAGACAAUACAAGGUGUGUUAGUUCCCUGUGAAAGUGUGUUUUGCUCUGUGUUUUCCGUGCAGGGGGAAGGCUGAUGAGAAGACGGACCGCCACCUGAACCCCCUGAGUGUCCUGCACCGUGUCGAUGAGCUGAUGGCUGACGACAGCAUCAUAGUGGCGGAUGGGGGCGACUUUGUGGGCAGUGCUGCCUACAUCAUGAGACCAAGGGGCCCACUCCGCUGGCUGGAUCCAGGUCAGGAUCCUCAGUGUUAGGAGUAAAAAAAAAUAUAUAUAUAUAUAUAUAUAUAUAGACAAAAUAUGUUUUCAAAUGUGUUAUAGGAUGUGGUCACUUGAGUAAGAGAGGUAUUAACAUGUACAAUAAAACAAAUAGGACUUGUUUAUUGAAUUUGAAUCCGGGACGUUCUUGAUGUCUUAAUGGAUGAUAACCUGAUGUUUUUUGUCAUUCUAACAGGAGCAUUUGGAACCCUUGGUGUUGGAGGAGGGUUUGCUCUGGGAGCCAAGCUGUGUCGACCUGAGUCAGAGGUACAGUAGAAUACCAAGCAGGCUUUAUCGAUCACUGUUUUAUAGGAGUUUAGGUUUGUUCAUGUUGUGAAACACCAUUUUUGGCUGAGUUUAGCUGACUAAGUUUCUCAUUGAGGUGUGGAUCAUCUAUGGCGAUGGAUCCCUUGGAUACAGUGUUGCCGAAUUUGACACUUUUACCAGACACAAGGUAUAGUAAUAACCAAUUUACCAUUCAGACCAACUUAUCAACUAACUAAUCAUGCAUUCAGACCAGUUAAUCUGCUUUGUCCCUCUCUCUCCCAGACGCCAGUAAUUGCUCUGGUGGGGAACGAUGCCUGUUGGAGCCAGAUCUCCAGGGAGCAGGUUCCCAUCCUGGGCAGCAAUGUGGCCUGUGGCCUGGCCUUCACAGGUAUUUAUGUUGGCCUACUGUACCCCCACUGCCACCACACUGGGGAUCUCUAGUGCCCAUACUCACACAUGCAAUGUCUCUGUUAGCCCAUGUCAUCUGUUUGGAUGUCAUGUCACACAUCCAACAUGCUGUCUCUAUUUUACUCUUCCCUAGAUUACCACAUAGUUGCAGAUGGUUACGGAGGCAAGGGCACCGUCAUUGGUCGCGAAGACGAGGACAAGCUGGAUGACAUCAUAAAAGAGGCACAGAAGGAGACCCGAGAGGGGAGAGCCACACUACUCAAUGUUCUCAUAGGGAAGACCAACUUCAGAGAGGGCUCCAUCUCUGUGUAGAGUAGCUCAGACAGACAGACAGACAGACAUACCGACCGCAACCCCUGGGGUCUCUGUCUGGGCCUGUGGGUCCUAAAACCUCCCCACCUUGCCUAGAAACCCAAAUCUGUUCACAUGCUGUGGAACAGUACAUCUGCUGCAUUUCUCUGGUGAAGAAGGGAAAAGAUGAGUGUGAGGGACCUCAACAAUUCAGGAACUCAUUCUUCUCAACCUUUAUCAGCCUUUAUAUCUGUUAAAAUGAGUUUUGAUUAUGGACUUGAAUGAAUGAAACUGUUUUUGGUUGUUUUUGCUUGAGAGAACUUGACAUGUAUGCUUUGGAAAAUGAACUACGGCUGGCUUUGCAGCUGUUAUUAUGUAGUAGGCCAGUAUCCUUGCUGUAUACACUUUUAACUAAUUAAUGUAUAUUGACUUCGGAUAGCCUAUUGAUUUACUGAACUCUACCUUGAAGCUGGUCAUUUAUUUUGAAAAACAAAGAAAGUGAAUUUUGGAAUGACAUGUCCUUCAUAGGGAUAUUUAUGAAAAUGUGUAUCAUACACUAAACUACAAGCCGCAGCAGGAUUUGUAGGGUUAACAACAAGGUAAUAAUACAAUUGUAAUAAUACUGUAAUCAUUUAACUUAAAGGGUAUAGAAUUGAUGAUUAAAUGCCUUUAAUUCUUGAAUGUAUAGUAGGACUCCACAAAUACAUCAAUCAACAGAAUGGAUACACAAAUACAAGACGUUGAUUCAGAAGUUAUUUAUAUGCAGUAGUAGUGCCCUAUGAAAGAGGAAGGAAUUUAAACUGGAAGAUGUUAUCAUAUUUUACCAUUUGGGUAGUGGUCAUUAUAAUCUUAAGUAAAUUAUAACAUUUUAUUAUACUCAUACUAUUUCAGGUUACACUAUACUAUUUCAGACUGACCUAUUUUAAGGAAUUCUGCAUGAUCCUGAUCAUGCAAAUUGAAGUCCACCUUAAAUUUGAAUGUUUUGAGAAUAUUUGUAAUAUUAUAAUAUUUUCUGUUUUGCUUUGGAUUGAAUCACUAUGUACUAUUCAUCAUGUUUGGGUCGUCGUAAGGAGAGGGAUUGGAAGACACCUGCCCUAAAUCUGGGUCUGAGAAUCUGUCGCGCUGGCGUUUUGUAUUUGAUUAUGUUUGAUUAUAUAAUAUUGUAUCUUAUAUGUAAACACAGUGAUACUAGUAUGCCUCUUUUCUUUUUCAGUGAUGACCCAAUGCAUUUAGUCAUCAGUCCUGGAAUCAGAACGCCAUGGGAUUAUAGGGACAGUUGUUAUUUUUGCGUUGCAAUAAAGACAAGAAUGGAAAUAUA